UUUUUUGUCCACGAGCAGAAUACUUAGAGGCACUGCUGAGAACUGUGGGAGCUUUGGAGAUUAGACUUUCAUUUUGAUUAUCGCUGCAAGAAUUCGUGGACCUCGCGACGCUUUGUGGUAGUACUGGGUACUAGACAUGGCCAGUCUAGGUCGGACGCUCCGGACAGUGUGGACAGCUUUCGUCGCUGCAGUUGGGCGAAUGGACAAGUCGCUUUCGCCGUAUGAUACCAUCCAAAAGUUUCGAAAACACAACUUUGUCCUUUCCGACUCGAUAUACCUCUUCGAGAUCUUCCUCGCGACGUUCUGGGUAGCCAUCAUGCAAGCCCCAAGCUUCCCGCUCAAACUGCUGCUGCCCAUCCUCUACUCCGUCCUCAUUCUCAUCCCGUUCACAUCCCAGUUCUUCUUCCCUGCGACACCGAUUCUGCUGUGGGUUUUGUCGUGGUAUAGCAAUCGCUUCAUUCCCUCCGACUACCGGCCUGACAUCUCGGUCGUACUCCUGCCGACGCUCGAGUCCGUGCUGUACGGCGCGAACAUCUCAGACAUUCUCACGCGUUUCACACAUCCUAUACUGGACAUCCUCGCGUGGAUACCGUACGGCGUCGGUCACUACUCUAUUCCGUUCGUCGUCGCAGCGUUCCUCUGGCUCUUCCGACCCAAGGAAGCUCUACACGAAUGGGGGCGCAUCUUCGGAUACAUGAAUCUCCUUGGUGUGCUCAUCCAGAUUUUUUUCCCUUGCGCAGCGCCAUGGUACGAAGUCAUCCACGGCUUGACACCCGCGAACUACAACAUGCCCGGCUCGCCCGGUGGACUGCUGCGGAUCGACAAGCUGUUCGGUGCGAACGGGUACAACACCGCGUUCACCAACUCUCCCCUUGUCUUCGGCGCAUUCCCGUCGCUGCACUCCGCAUGUGCCUGCCUCGAGGCGCUCUUCAUCUCGCACUUCUUCCCGUGGACGACGCGCUACGUGUGGGCGUACGCGGGCUUGCUCUUCUGGUCGACGAUGUACAUGACGCACCACUACCUGAUCGACGUCGUCGGCGGCUCGUGCCUCGCUGUCGCUGCCUUCUACCUGCUGCUCCCCGACGAGCUCAAGGGCGCCGCCGCAACCGCGCCGCCUGGCGGGCUCGCCGCGCGCCGGAGCAAGUACGAGAUCUACGACAUCCCCGAGGGCGAGCGCCCGCGCGCCGGCGACGCGUACGACCUCGACGAGCUCGACGAGCGCGAGAGCGACGAGGAGGUCGACAUCACGUACCGCUCGCCCGUGCCGCCCGCGCCCGGAUCCGCGACGCCGCUCAUGCGCCAGGGCAGCGCGCAGCCGAAGAAGAACCAUCGCCACACGGCGAGCAUCGCGAGCCUCAUACGCUCGGAGGAGCGCGGCGAGGAGGGCUGGAGCCCCAUCGGAGGGUCGUUCACCCUCCCGCCGACGCCGACGCAGCGGUAAUAGGUGUGUGUGACGGGGUAUUUAAGCGGGUGUAUCUGGUGGAAGCGUUCUCCAUGGCGUUAUACCCCCACAUCUUUCUUUUUUUCAUAGCAUGUAUAUAGGCCCGAGGCUGGGUACGAUAGACCAACCGAUGUAAUGUACCCUUACAUAAUUUAAAC